CAUCAUGCGAAAUGAAGGAUGGCAGGUCCCUACAAAUUGAGUCAGCAAGAUAGAAGGGCCAACCAUUGAAGAUAAGCAAAGUACCCUAUGAGAAAUCAAAACGGACACGUGUCAACCUGAUAUUUCAUUCUUGAUUUUCUUCAAAAUAACAGUUUGUUUCUUGUCUUGGGAGUCUCAAAAGUUAAAAAAAGAGGGUGGUUGGGAUUGUUAGUUCCAUUUUGUCAAAGCACCAACCUUUCUCUCCUCAAUUUCCCAAACUUCCAAGAAGGGAAAGUUUGCUGCAAGAAAAAGAAAGAAAAUUAAAUGGCGAGUGCUUCUUCAGUGGGUUCAUCAACUGUGUUACAAUCCCAAAUUAAUGGAUUUGGCGGGAGUCAUAAGCUUCAAAAGACUUCUUCCUCCAACCCCAAUUCACUCACUUUCACCAGGAGGAGAGUUCAAACUGUGGUGAAGGCUUCUGCUCGAGUGGAUAAGUUUUCGAAAAGCGACAUUAUUGUUUCUCCAUCCAUCCUUUCCGCUAACUUUUCUAAAUUAGGAGAACAGGUGAAAGCAGUUGAGCAGGCAGGUUGCGACUGGAUUCAUGUAGAUGUGAUGGAUGGUCGAUUUGUUCCAAAUAUAACUAUUGGACCCCUCGUAGUUGAUUCGUUGCGCCCUAUCACAGAUCUUCCAUUGGAUGUGCAUCUGAUGAUUGUCGAACCUGACCAGAGAGUACCUGACUUCAUAAAAGCAGGUGCUGAUAUCAUCAGUGUUCACUGUGAGCAAUCUUCUACCAUCCACUUGCAUCGUACAAUAAAUCAGAUUAAAAGUUUGGGAGCUAAAGCUGGGGUUGUCCUCAAUCCUGGAACCCCUUUAACCGCAAUUGAAUAUGUCCUUGAUGCUGUUGAUCUGGUGCUGAUUAUGUCUGUAAACCCUGGAUUUGGCGGACAGAGCUUCAUUGAGAGUCAGGUCAAGAAAAUCUCAGACUUGAGAAGAAUCUGCGUGGAGAGGGGAUUAAACCCUUGGAUUGAGGUUGAUGGUGGAGUUACUCCCAAAAAUGCUUACAAGGUCAUUGAAGCUGGAGCCAAUGCCUUGGUAGCCGGUUCUGCUGUCUUUGGAGCUCCUGAUUAUGCCGAAGCUAUUAAAGGAAUCAAGACAAGCAAAAGGCCUGAAGCAGUUGCUGUGUGAAGUUUCCGCCUACUUGGUUCAAGUCGUCAUAACUGUUAAUACGUAGUUGUCCUGUGUAUGUUCAUCGUCAGUUUCUGAUUUUUCUUCUUCAUCUUUUUCAGUCAAAUCACAUUAAGAUAAUUACUUUUCUUUUUUCUAUCAUAUCUUUAUAACCUUUGUGAUCAUUAGAGGGAGCCAUUUUAAGGUUGACCUUCAUAUCUUUGUAUUCAUCAUACGAAAAGUUCAUGCUAUAUGUAUUUGCAGUGGAGGAGAAAUUCGUUAUC